UUCUCUCGCUCCUUUUUUUUUUUUUUUUCUUUUUCUUUUUUUUUUUUUUUUUUAAUCCCCGCACCAAGCGCUUAACCUCAUUGGGGUGGAGGAGAAGGCGGCGGCUGUCCGGUCCGCAGCGGCAAACAGUAGCGAAUAAUAGGAUUAAUGGACUGCUGAAUUAUGAAGUAUUUCAGACCCAGUAGCAGAACAUCACUCAGCCACUCACUCCUUUAUCUCCUACUAGUUAUUUAAAUUGGACUUUUAAUAUCCUACCAGCUGCUCUUCAGACACACAUGGUGCAUUGUUACCAUUCCCCGGAUUGCAUCUUUGAAACACAAGCUCUUAGUAACCUUCAGCAAACAAAGAGGCAACCUCCCGGGUCCGUCUACCGGGAGGGAGUCAUCCUGACUGCCCUCUAGCUUUUGCUGGAUCUGGAUUUGAAUUCCACCAUGGAGCCUCGAAUGGAGUCCUGCCUGGCUCAGGUGUUGCAAAAGGAUGUGGGGAAACGACUGCAGGUUGGCCAAGAACUUAUAGACUAUUUCUCAGAUAAACAGAAGUCUGCUGACCUUGAGCAUGACCAGACCAUGUUAGAUAAGCUUGUGGAUGGGCUCGCUACCUCUUGGGUGAACUCUAGUAAUUACAAGGUGGUUCUUCUGGGCAUGGACAUCCUGUCGGCUCUGGUGACCCGGCUGCAGGAUCGGUUCAAGGCGCAAAUCGGCACAGUGCUGCCAAGUCUAAUAGACAGACUGGGAGAUGCUAAAGACUCUGUGAGGGAGCAAGACCAAACUCUGCUGCUAAAGAUCAUGGAUCAAGCUGCUAAUCCCCAGUAUGUAUGGGACAGAAUGCUUGGAGGCUUCAAACACAAGAAUUUCCGUACAAGAGAAGGCAUCUGUCUCUGCCUUAUUGCAACACUCAAUGCCUCUGGAGCACAUACUCUGACACUAAGCAAGAUCGUGCCACACAUAUGUAACUUACUUGGAGACCCAAACAGCCAGGUUCGAGAUGCAGCAAUAAACAGCUUAGUGGAAAUUUACAGACAUGUAGGAGAACGUGUGAGGGCAGAUCUCAGUAAAAAAGGAUUGCCACAGUCCCGGCUGAAUGUCAUUUUUACAAAAUUUGAUGAAGUCCAAAAAUCUGGAAACAUGAUACAAUCCGCAAACGAUAAAAAUUUUGAUGAUGAAGAUUCCGUGGAUGGUAAUAGACCUUCCUCUGCCAGUUCUACGUCAUCCAAAGCUCCUCCAAGCUCACGGAGAAACAUUGGAAUGGGAACCACCCGCCGGAUUGGGUCAUCCACUCUUGGAUCCAAGUCUUCAGCUGCAAAGGAAGGUGCCGGUGCUGUUGAUGAAGAGGAUUUUAUUAAAGCAUUUGAUGAUGUACCUGUAGUGCAGAUUUAUUCCAGCCGCGAUCUUGAAGAAUCCAUAAACAAAAUUAGGGAAAUAUUAUCUGAUGACAAACAUGAUUGGGAGCAGAGAGUAAAUGCUCUAAAAAAGAUUAGAUCUUUACUUUUGGCUGGUGCUGCUGAGUAUGAUAACUUCUUUCAACAUCUGCGUCUUUUGGACGGAGCCUUUAAACUCUCUGCUAAGGAUCUGCGGUCUCAGGUAGUGCGGGAGGCUUGUAUCACGUUGGGGCAUCUGUCAUCGGUUCUAGGAAAUAAAUUUGACCAUGGAGCUGAAGCCAUUAUGCCAACUAUAUUUAAUUUGAUUCCAAACAGUGCCAAAAUUAUGGCCACUUCUGGUGUUGUAGCUGUUAGAUUAAUCAUUCGGCACACACACAUCCCUCGACUAAUACCUGUUAUAACAAGCAACUGUACCUCUAAGUCUGUUGCAGUUAGAAGGCGCUGUUUUGAAUUUUUAGAUUUGCUUCUACAAGAAUGGCAGACACAUUCACUGGAAAGACACAUAUCAGUAUUAGCUGAAACAAUAAAGAAGGGAAUCCAUGAUGCUGAUUCUGAAGCAAGAAUAGAAGCCAGGAAAUGUUACUGGGGCUUCCAUGGUCACUUCAGCAGAGAAGCAGAGCACUUAUACCAUACUCUGGAGUCCUCCUACCAGAAAGCCCUGCAGUCCCAUUUGAAGAACUCGGACAGCAUAGUGUCUCUGCCCCAGUCUGAUCGUUCAUCUUCCAGCUCUCAGGAGAGUCUCAAUCGGCCACUCUCUGCCAAAAGAAGCCCAACUGGCAGCACCACAUCUAGAGCUUCUACAGUUAGCACCAAAUCUGUAUCAACAACUGGAUCCCUCCAGCGAUCUCGAAGUGACAUCGAUGUGAACGCAGCUGCCAGUGCCAAAUCUAAAGUCUCCUCGUCUUCAGGCACGACGCCCUUCAGUUCUGCAGCGGCUUUGCCUCCAGGGUCCUAUGCAUCUUUAGAGUCCAGACCCCUGAGGGAAGACUUGGAGUACAUAGGCCUGGAUGCAGGUCGCAUCCGCACAAGACGACAAAGCUCCGGGAGUGCCACCAAUGUUGCUUCAACACCUUCUGACAGUCGGGGCCGCAGUCGUGCUAAAGUGGUUUCACAGUCUCAGCCUGGCAGUCGGUCGAGUUCCCCCGGGAAAUUGUUGGGAAGUGGCUAUGGUGGACUUGCUGGUGGUUCUUCGAGAGGCCCACCUGUGACACCAUCUUCAGAAAAACGAAGCAAGAUUCCCAGGAGUCAGGGGUGUAGCCGUGAAACAAGUCCAAACCGAAUAGGAUUAGCACGGAGCAGCCGUAUCCCUCGACCCAGCAUGAGUCAGGGGUGCAGCCGCGAUACCAGCCGUGAGAGCAGCCGAGAUACAAGCCCCGCUCGGGGCUUCCCUCCACUCGACCGAUUUGGGCUGGGCCAGCCAGGAAGAAUACCGGGUUCCGUGAAUGCCAUGCGGGUUUUGAGCACCAGUACAGAUCUGGAAGCUGCAGUUGCUGAUGCUUUGCUGUUAGGAGACGCCAGGAGCAAGAAGAAGCCUGUGAGGAGGAGAUACGAGCCAUAUGGGAUGUAUUCUGAUGACGACGCCAACAGCGAUGCCUCAAGUGUUUGCUCCGAGCGCUCCUAUGGCUCCAGGAAUGGCGGCAUUCCCCAUUAUUUGCGGCAGACUGAGGAUGUAGCAGAAGUUCUCAACCACUGUGCAAGUUCAAACUGGUCAGAAAGGAAAGAAGGGCUGCUGGGCUUGCAGAACUUGCUAAAGAGCCAAAGAACACUGAGUCGAGUAGAAUUGAAGAGAUUGUGUGAGAUCUUCACCCGAAUGUUUGCUGACCCUCAUAGCAAGGUUUUCAGUAUGUUCUUGGAGACUCUAGUGGAUUUUAUAAUAAUUCAUAAGGAUGACUUGCAAGACUGGCUUUUUGUCCUUCUCACACAAUUACUUAAGAAAAUGGGAGCAGAUUUACUUGGCUCUGUUCAAGCAAAAGUUCAGAAGGCCCUAGAUGUCACAAGGGACUCCUUUCCAUUUGAUCAACAGUUUAACAUUUUGAUGAGAUUUAUUGUGGAUCAAACUCAGACUCCAAACCUCAAGGUCAAAGUUGCAAUCUUGAAAUACAUUGAGUCUCUGGCCAGACAGAUGGACCCAACAGAUUUUGUAAACUCUAGCGAGACGAGGCUUGCUGUUUCUAGAAUCAUUACCUGGACAACAGAACCAAAGAGUUCAGAUGUGAGAAAGUCCCCGCUUCAGCGUAGUCGAGUAGGGGAGGAUUUCCCCACUAGGUCAGCAUCCACCUGUUCUGGGCCUGGAGAAGGAAACUUGGAAGAAAAUUGUAAACAGGCAGCACAGAUUGUGCUCAUCUCUCUGUUUGAAUUGAACACUCCGGAAUUUACCAUGUUACUUGGUGCCUUGCCCAAAACAUUCCAGGAUGGUGCCACCAAACUCCUGCAUAACCACCUCAAGAACUCCAGUAACACGAGUGUGGGAUCUCCAAGCAAUACAAUUGGCCGGACGCCCUCCCGACACCCCAGCAGCAGGACCAGCCCUCUGACCUCACCUACCAACUGUUCCCAUGGGGGUCUAUCACCAAGUCGGUUGUGGGGUUGGAGUGCCGAUGGGUUAUCGAAGCACCCACCUCCCUUUUCUCAGCCUAACUCCAUUCCCACCGCUCCCUCCCACAAGACUCUCAGGCGCUCUUACUCUCCCAGCAUGCUGGACUAUGACACAGAGAACCUGAACUCUGAAGAAAUCUAUAGUUCUCUGCGGGGAGUUACAGAAGCCAUUGAAAAGUUUAGUUUCCGAAGCCAAGAAGAUCUGAAUGAGCCAAUUAAGCGCGAUGGCAAAAAGGACUGUGAUAUCGUGUCCCGUGAUGGAGGAGCUGCCUCGCCAGCCACCGAGGGCCGGGGAGGCAGUGAAGGGGAGGGAGGCAGGACAGCUCUGGACAACAAGACCUCCCUCCUCAACACCCAGCCUCCGCGCGCCUUCCCAGGGCCGCGUGCACGGGAGUACAACCCGUAUCCCUACUCAGACACCAUCAACGCCUAUGACAAGACCGCCCUGAAGGAGGCCGUGUUUGACGAUGACAUGGAGCAGCUCAGAGAUGUGCCCAUUGACCAUUCUGACCUGGUGGCUGACCUGCUGAAAGAACUGUCCAACCACAACGAGCGGGUGGAGGAGCGGAAAGGUGCCCUGCUAGAGCUGCUCAAGAUCACCAGGGAAGACAGCCUGGGCGUCUGGGAGGAGCACUUCAAGACCAUCUUGCUGCUGCUGCUGGAGACCCUUGGAGACAAAGAUCAUUCAAUUCGAGCACUGGCAUUGCGAGUUUUACGGGAAAUUCUGAGAAACCAGCCUGCAAGAUUCAAAAACUACGCUGAGCUGACGAUCAUGAAGACUCUGGAAGCCCACAAAGACUCCCACAAGGAGGUGGUGCGAGCUGCUGAGGAGGCUGCCUCCACACUAGCCAGUUCCAUCCACCCAGAGCAGUGCAUCAAAGUGCUCUGCCCCAUCAUCCAGACAGCCGACUACCCCAUCAACCUGGCCGCCAUCAAGAUGCAAACCAAAGUCGUGGAGAGAAUCGCCAAGGAGUCCUUGCUGCAGCUCCUCGCCGACAUCAUCCCGGGCCUGCUGCAGGGUUAUGACAACACGGAAAGCAGUGUGCGGAAGGCCAGCGUGUUUUGCUUAGUGGCAAUUUAUUCCGUAAUCGGAGAAGACCUGAAACCUCACCUCGCACAGCUCACGGGGAGCAAGAUGAAGCUACUAAACUUAUACAUAAAGAGGGCACAGACCACCAACAGCAACAGCAGCUCCUCCUCCGACGUCUCCACGCACAGCUAGUGGCAGUGCCAGUCUCUGUGCAGAGUCAAACGCCAUCGGUGGUGCCUCAGACCCCCAUCGGCUGCCCAGUCAGUACGAGGAGGCCCGCACAUAUUUAUUACAAUCAGUAUUUUGGUCCCUUCCAGCUUUUGUGUAGAAUCUUACUGGUAUUGAAUGUAACGGAAGCAAGGCCUGUACCGCAGUCUUCGUAGAGACGAAAGGAAUGAGAACAACAAGAGCCAUACUUACACACGUCUUGUACCGCCUGUUGCAAUCACAAAAUCAUGUAUGUGGGGUGCAGUUUUUAACAAUCAGAGCUCUCUAGCCAAUGCUUGGUAGACAGUAGCUUUUUUUUUUUUUUCCAAUUAAUAAUGGAUGUGGGGGUGUUCCUUAUUCUCAGCUUACAUUCUUAUGAAUAUGGCCUGUGUGAGGCGAAGCCCCCUACUCUUUUCCCAUCUGAUACCAAGAAAGGGUGCAUGUCUUUAGGUUGGUUUUGAGACCUCCUAAAAGUGGAACUCGAGCCUUAGCAGGAAAAGGAGAAGAGCUGGAAGCUGGUCUGUCAGUCAGCUCACGCAAAGUGGAGCCGGCUGUCCUGGCUUGGAACACAGGGUCAGGAAGGCCCCUCUGAACAACUCAUCAGAUGUCCCUGCCCCAGAGCUGCCAUGCCAGAAGAAUUCUUGAAGUAUAAGUCCAACCAUACUUAGAAUUGAUUGCAUCCAUCAGAGAUGGAUCGCAUCAUGUGAUGCGCAGAAGGUAUAAGUCUGUCUCUCUCCCUGCUAAGGUCUUGGGGAAUGGCUGUUGAGAUAGGGGUUCUCCCAGGACUCCCCGGGUCAGUAAUUCAAAUCUGGUGCCAUCUCCCUUCCCUCCCCAUCAGCUUUGCCUAAGCUGUUCAGUUCUAAAAUGUUCUCAGCUAAUCUAGCAAACGCCUACUUUUACCAGCCCAGUUUUGGCUUCUCUAUGUAAUUUGAGAUCAAGAGCAAAAAAAAAAAAAGUGUAGAAAAAUCAUGUUUAUCCAAAUCAUUUUUAAUUUUAUAAGUUGAAGUACUUCCUUGAUUGUUAGUCACUGUUUAAGGUGAGCGGCAGAUGGCAGAACUACAGGAUUUGAAACACACCUUUAGAGUCUGUUUCCUUCCCAGGGAAACCACCGGCUCCCUUUUUAAGCUCUUUAGGGUGUAAUUGCUACAAAGAAAUGAGUCUUGAGUAAAGUUCUUAAGCCAGAUGGCAGUCUAAUGCAAUCAUGAAAUCAUCUGCCAUCACUUACUGUUAGAUCCUCUGAUUGAACUGACCCUCCAUAAGGAAAGUGCUUCCUUGGACAUUAAUUUUAGUGAGGUCUUGGCUGUCCCAGUGCAGAGUCCUCUGCAGCUGUGAGGACUGAAACCAAGGCUGAGGCACCGGAGUGUGUGCUUCUCAUCCCCCAUUCCCACCACCCCCUCUCUGGCCCUCUAGAUUUGACAGGGGAAGUUGUGAAAGAUAGGUAAUAUAUUUGGAAACAGAUACUGAGUAUGAAUACCCCCUGAUUUCCAGGUGUGUGUGUGUAGGGGAUAUCUUAUCAGGUGUCAGUUACCCCACUACUGCUGCUUAGGGAACUUGAGGGGUGCAUCUAAGUGGUUGACUAUUAUUGACUGACUUUGGCUCAAAACAGCAGGACCAGGCCUUACUUUCAAUGAUAAAUACUGUUCGUGUGUUUGCUUGUUAAUAGUUCAUUAAUGGGAUUUUGUUUUUAUACUCUCCUGAGUCCCAGCAUCUGUUGGUCGCCCCUCUGUGUGGAAACCCGUCCUGGUGAGGUCUUCUCUAUGGGUUCUCCUACACCUAAUCAGUCAGACCCUUCUUCUGGAGCUCUUUGGCUUCCAAAAGGUCACCACACCCCCAGUGUAGUUGGAAGGCUCUCGAACAUUGCCUGAUGUCCUCCCGUACUUACAAAGGGCUAGCCUUGAAUGUCACUUGCGCCCUCUUCAAUCUCCUGACUAGAGACAGAGAACAAUCACUUCACAGGUCAUUUGGCCUCAAUCUGAAAAUCGCUGCCCACCGUGCCACGCCGAGGAGACUCGCAUGCCGCCACCACCUCACCAGGGUGGCUGUGUCCACGCCGGCUGCCCUCCAAACCCUGACAGCGCAGCUGCCUUGCCUUGCCGCCACCCUCUGCAGGGCUCCUGUUCAGAUGAAACCAUGGGACACCCCAGAGCAGAGCAAAAACUGUUGCCUCCCAUCUGCCUGACUGUCCAGGGCCUCGGACGCUCUCUUGCCCCAGGCUAGGGGCUGGUUCAUCUGACUCUGCUUCCCUGAAAGCUGCUGCCACCCUCCUCAGACCACAGUCCUGCAGGUGCAGCCGGUCCCUGAGGCACGCGGCUUUCUUCAAGUGCACUGCGUGCGCUUCUGGACCCGGUGCCACAGGGGGCCCCCUGCAGCCUCUUCUGUGGCUCACACUAGCUUCCCAGCCCCCCAGGUAAUGCAGAUGAUUUUGUCUCAUCAACCCUUUUCUUUCCCUGCCACCCUUACUUAUCAAGCAUAAUAAUACACUUUAAAAGACAGCAAAUAAGGACUUCGUAGAACCCCAAGACUCUGCUAACAAUGUUUGGAAAUGAGAAAAGAAAUGCUCUGAAAAAUAUCAGCCACCAAAAUAGUUUUGGCACUGUGUUCACGCGCAUGGCCCCCACACCCGGAUUGGGUGUUUUGUUUUGGUUGGGUUUUUUUGGGCUUUUUCAUGUUACAUCCAUAUCUGUAUUUAUAUCUUAUUUGUUUCACUUUCAAGUGUAUCAUGGCAAAUGUACAGAUUUUUUUGUUAAUAAUGUGCUAGGAUUUGCUAAAAAAGAAAACAAACAAAAAAAACCCUUUUGAGUUUGCCCUAGAAUAAAUGAAACUUAAUUCAG